GCGGCUAGAGAGUGCAAGCAGCCCAGCGCACCAAAGCCAAAAAUGCCGAAGCCGUUAAAUUGGAGAUUAUGGACAAAGAUGGCCGUCGGCGGCGGCGUCUGCGUGAUCGGCGGACCAGCCUUGACGAUGUGGCUCACGCCCACUGAGGAUGAGCUUUUCAAACGAUACAAUCCAGAUUUACAGAAACGCAGUUUGGAGAGGAGAGAGCAGACGCAGCAGGAGUUUGAUCAGUACGUGGGGAAGCUGAAGGAGCUGUCCAAGUCCAAUAAACCACUUUGGACGGCUUGGGAAGACGAAAUCAAGGCGAAGAAGGAGACGGAUAGGCAAGCGCACCAAACGAAAGCGAACGAGCUUGCGCUGCAACAAGAGGCUAUCAGGAGAGAGGCGGGAGUUUCCAAAUGAGCAAUUCAGGGGCUUCUGAAGAAACACAUGGCGAGUUAUGAUUUUCUGUACGAUGUGUGUAACACUAUUGGGAUCAUGCUUCAUAAGGGUCAUUCGAGUACGGACCUCUAGGGUGGAAUGAACAUUGUCGUUAAU